AACUCUUCAAACAACACCAAAAUGGCUAAUAGAGCCCCAUCCGCCUCCGCCUUCACGGCCAUCAUAGUCGGCGGCUCGGUCGCGGGCUUGACACUAGCUCACAUGUUCUCCAAAGCACAUAUUGACUACACUCUCCUGGAAGCCCGUGAUACUAUCUCACCACAGCUUGGAGCUUCAAUAGUUAUUAUGCCGAAUGGGGCGAGGAUUCUGGAUCAACUUGGUGUUUUCGAGGACAUGAGGGACGACUUUAUUACCAAGAUGAGCAGGAGUUUUGUUAGGAGGAGCGAUGGGAGACUAGUCUCGUGGAAUGAGUGGCCUAGGAUGGUGGAGGAAAAGUUGGGAUAUCCGUGCAGUAUUUGUGAGAGGCGCAGGUUUUUGGGGAGUCUUUAUGAGCAGUUGGAGGACAAGUCUAGGAUUCUGCUGGAGAAGAAAGUUGUUGAUAUCAAGCAUGAGAAGGAUGGGGUCGCGGUGAGGUGUCAAGAUGGGAGUGAGUUUAGAGGGGAUUUGGUGAUUGGUGCGGAUGGUAUUCAUAGUCGGACGAGGGUUGAGAUGCAGAGGCUUGCGGAGGAGAUGGGACCGAAAGGGUUGAUGGAUAGGGAUAAGUCAAGCAUAACAGCAGAAUAUAACUGCUUCUUCGGCAUCGCCGACGAAAUUCCAGAGCUCAUUCCGGGAGAUAGCCACGUCUCCACAGACAUCGACCACUCCUCCCUUCUUUUCGUCAGCCAAGGUUCCAACGCAGUAACCAACGCCCGCGCAGGCGGUCUUCCGCAAUGGUUCUUCUUCUCCAAAAUGGACCGCAAAUACUCGGGCUCCUCCAUUCCCCGCUUCACAAAAGCUCAUAUGGAUCAACAAGUCGAAGAGUUCGGAGAUUUCAAACUAACAGAAAACGUUACGUUGAAAGAGAUCAUUAAAAAGUCGAGAACCCUGAGCUAUUUGCCGUUGGAGGAGGCGAGCCAUGAAGUAUGGACGUUCGGCAGGAUUGUGUGUCUCGGAGAUGCGAUCCAUAAGAUGACGCCCAAUCUCGGACAAGGCGGGAAUCAAGCAAUCGAAAGCGCGGCCGUUCUCACAAACUGCCUCAUCGAGCUUCUGCAAAAGACUUCCGACAAUAAACCCGAACUCUCAGUUCUGAAGGAAUCCUUAAGGCAGUACCAGACUCUGAGGCAGAAGAGAGCAGAGAAAUUCGUUCAUUUGUCGGCGAUGGUAACGAGGAAUGAUGCACUUGCUACGCUCAAGCAUACGGUACUGUUUCUGUACGCAGAGCCGCUGUCUGGAGAGGCGCUUACUGCCUUUCAAACGGAGAUGUAUCACACAGCCCCAUACCUGAACUUCCUUCCGCUGCCAAGACAUGUUACGGAAAAUGAGACGUGGAAACAGGGCAUAGAGAGAGUGAAGGCAAACGAUAUUAUUCCGAGACCACGGCUGUAAACCAGUCGGGUCCCCUACCCCCAGUGAACAGAAAAUAGUACCCCGAAAUGAAGGAUGCUUCCAUCUCAAAUUCAAAAGCAGCAUUUGGUAGAUAUUAGAUCGGCGGCCUUCUCCAUGAAUAUUAUUCAUAUAGAACUAGAUUCAUAUCAACAUUAUUUUCAGAAGAGUUUCACCAUUCUAUUAUUAGUCCCAAUCCCAAUUCCGG